UUCACAAAUCUUCGUAAGACUCGUCUGAUUCUUGUGGAUAAUUUUAGAAUGAGAUAAUGAGUUUCUGACUGGCAUAACUCGAAACGUUAAGAAACACUGGGAAGUUUGAAUAUUUUCUACUCUCGCUAUUUCAAUGCAGUUUUUACCUGUAGUUCGGUUUGGCUGAAAAUCAAAAACAAUAACUUGGUUUUUAAAUAAACGUUUUCACACGUUCAACAUAAUAAAAAAUUAGUGAUGUACGGAAGGGCUCUGAGAAGAAAAAAAUCUUCUUUAUCUGAAGUUAAAAUAGCCGUCAUAGGUGCACCUGGGGUAGGAAAAACUGCACUAUCUGUACGGUUUUUAACAAGGAGAUACAUAGGAGAAUAUGACCAUCAAUCAGAAAGUAGGUAUAAACACGAAGUUUUAGUGGACAAUGAACCUAUAUUAUACGAAAUAUUGGACACGUGUCCGAAGACUGAUGAUGACCUUCCAUCAUCGGAUACAAUUAGUUGGGCAGAUGGUCUCCUUUUAGUUUAUUCAAUCACAGAUCGAAGUUCCAUUAAUUACUUAAAGCGAGUAGAAGCUCUUAUAACGGAUUCUAACAUUUCUGUUUAUAUUGUUGGAAAUAAAAAUGAUAUGUUACAUCUACGUGAAGUAGGCGCGGAAGAGGGCGCCAUCUUAGCGAAGCAUUUGGAGUGCGGUUUUUCGGAAGUAGCAGCUGCAGAAAUGGUGGCGCCAGUGGCAGUAGUCUUUCAAGAACUCUGCAGAACUGUCUUGGCGUCCCGGCGAAAAUCGAAACAUUCCUUUUUAGAACGCAUGCUCGGAACAAAAACUUCUCAAUUACGACUGUAUGCUAGGGGGAAAAGCGACAGUGCUUUGCCCAAAGACUGAUAGAUGACGCUGUCAAUAUAGGCUUUUGUAAUGUUUAAUGAGCAUAAAAACUUCUAUAAUAUACAUUAUUUUAUUUAAUAUAGGUUUGUAACUUUAUUAACGGCGAAUAAAAUAAGAAUGUAAUCCAA